AUGGGGAGGGUUAGGCAGGCUUGCUCCUGGUAUAAGGUGUAUAUGAUGUAGAGAAGAUGAGUAGAUAAUUCUUAAAUUACAGAAGAUAAGUAGAGACUUUAAACAGCUUUAGGUAGCGCAUGAGUAAUAUUGAUAUCUGAAUUAGGUUUUUAAACAAUAGCAAAUUAUUGGUUGAUGACCAAUAAUUUUCUUUUCUCCUUUUCUUAUUUGCGAAAAUCACUGCCUUGUAUUUAAGCUGGACAUUUUUUUUUGCCUAUUCUAUAGAAACUAUAAAUAUUUUCCUUGCCACAGUGUGCAGCAUGAACAUCACAUUUUCUUGGCCUGCCUAAUAUCAUGUGACAAGCAUCAAUGUCCACAACAACACAUUGUACUCCAUCAGAAUAAGUACUGUCAAUUGAAAAUUUGAUUAGACAUGUAAAUUUCUGUUUCCUUCUUCAUCCAAUCAAUUCAAUAUAGAUGAGGGUGUGGACUUGUUUACAAACCUUAUUUUUCAACACUUAUAGAAGAGACAAUGUUAUCACUACUGCUACUAUAAUAUAUUAUAAGUAAAUGUGACAGUGCAUCCCCGAUAUCAAAUUAAAUAAAAUUUUCUUCGACCUUACCUUAAAUUUCUGGUUCUUAAAAUUCUCGUUCCUCCUCAAUAUAAUCUGUUUACUGUGUCACGUUUUUAGACAUAUUUGAUUUGUGUCCACUGUCUCCACACCUGCACCAUUUAGGAAGCACAUUAGGACUUGGGCAGAAGAAUAUGCUCCGGUCGAUCUGACAGAACUUUGAUAGGUUUCAUGGCAUAACAUCCUUUUAUAUAAGGUUUAUUCAAAAUUUUAGUGCAUGAAAGAGAACUUUUAUUCUAAUUAUAUUCACCCCUAUAUAACUUAAAUUCACCCCUAUAUUAGCACUGCCAAAUUUUGAUAAAUUAUUUGAAGUAAAAUGCGACAUCUUAAAUUAUUUUUAUAGUUAAUGCCAAAUAUGUACUAUCGCAGAAAUGGGGUCGAGUUGCUUUUUAUAGUGAGAACAUUAACAGGAAGCUGUAUUAUUCCUCGAACAUCAGUUAUGUACUCCUCGAACAUCUUUGCGUGAGAAGUAUAUUCCAGAAUUAAAUGCAGGAGGACCUGGGGGCCUCUUAAGCCAUGACAAGACAUUGAAAAUGAUGCAGGAAUGAUAUAAUUGGCCACAUGUUAAGAAAAAAGUUGAAAGUUUUGUGCGGAGAUGUCAAAUUUGUCAAAUUCAUAAAGGCAGUUUGUCUAAUUAAACUACCCAUUUCAGAUAAAGCAUUGACUGAUUUCUAUGGAUUUAAUUUUAGGAGAAAAUGGGACAAGGGAAUCUCGUUUUCUUCAAAUGGGAGAAAAUGAAGACGCUCUUCAAAUCUCGUUUUCUUCCCUGAGACAAGGGAAUAUAUCAGUUUCUGAUUAUGUAGAAGAAUUUUAUCAUUAAUCAGUUUCCGAGUCAUAUAUGAUUUCAAGAUUUAAAGUUGAUGUUGGAUGGAUAAUUAAAGAUAAAGUAACUUUACAAUCAUAUUUCAAGCUUAAUGACAUCAUAAUGGCUGCAGAGGGUGCAAACCCUUGUUAGAGAAAGGAAAAAUAAAGAAUCGAAAUUUUGUGGGUCAGAAUUCAACUCUGCACCCAGAAAUACGAAGAUCUACUGUUGUUUCAUUUACACCACAUAAUCUCCUUCUGCCCAAGCUGUACUAAGAAGAAUCCUUAUACUCCAAUGUAACAAGAAUGCCCAAGUUCGCUACCGGUGUGAAGAAAGUGGACACAAAUCAAAUAUCUGUCCUAAACGAGGUGACACGGUAAGCAUUGUAGAUUCUAUUGAAGAGGAAAAGAAACAUGAAGAAUCAGAAAUUGAAGGUGAGGUACCAGAAAAUUUUAUUGAAUUUGAUACUGGAGAUGCAGUGUCACAUUCACUUGUAGUUAGGAGAUUGAUGUAUUCACCAAAAAGAAAAAAUGACCCAGAGCGCCAUAAUAUUUUCAGAACAAGGUGCACUGUGAAUUCUAAGGUAUGAGAUAUAAUCAUUGAUAGUGGCAGUAGUGAGAACAUUGUCUCGUUUGUGAUGGUUAAAAAAAUUAGGUUUUCAAACAAGCCGACAACCUCAUCCAUAUCAUCUUGGUUUGAUCAAGAAGGAAAUAGAAACUAAAGUUUCAGAAUCCUGUCUUAUCAAAUUUUUCAUUGGCAAAACCUAUUAUGAUGAAGUACAAUGUGAUCUUGUUGACUUGGAUGCUUCAUAAAUGAUAUUAGGCAGGACAUGGCAAUUUGAUGUUCAUGCUACACACUGAUGAGGAAAAAUAUUUAUAUUUUCUAUAGAAAUUGAAAAAUUAUUUUCGCUCAAAUGCAUGACAGUUUGAUAUUAACCAGAUGGAAUUUCUCAAAAAGUUUGAUAUUAAAACUGAUUCAGAUAUCAAGAUAGCCAACAUGAUACCAAAAUCUGUUUAAAGUCUUUUAUCAGAAUUUUUUGAAUUCAAGAAUCAUCUAGUCAUCUUCCACAAACGCGAGAUGUACAACAUCAUAUUGACUUUAUACAAGGACCUAGUCUGUUUAACUUUCUACAUUAUAGGAUGACUCCACAAGAAAAUCAAAUUCUUCAAGAACACAAGUAUAGGAGUUAUUAUGUAAACGAUUGAUAAGAGAAAGUGUGAGCCGAUAUGUGUUUAUACUAGAGCUAUCAACAAGAUAACAGUUAGGUAUAGAUGGCAAGAUAUGCUUUGUGGUUCGAAUUUUUUUCGAAAGUUCAUUUAGAGAAAAAAUAUCUGACGCAGAAGUAACGCAGAAGAUAAACAAGAUAUGGGCUUCAAUCUUCAAAGCUUAAAUUUUGGGAAAGAAGCCGGCCUCUGAAUCUAUAAAUUCGUAGUCUUAAACCCUGAUUGAACCACAAAGAUAUGUCCCUCUAAAUCGAUUAAUUCAAAACUUGAAUCUACAAGGUAGUGCCUGAAUUCAAAAGCAAGGGAGAGGUCCUCACAGCGGAGAAAACUGAUUGAACUAAAAAGAUAUGUCCAUCUGGUUACUAUGGAGGCUUUAUAUAGGCCUAGAAAGAAGGUUCGACACUCCUCAAAAGGAGGAUUCUGAGAGAUCUUAGGGAUAGAAUCUGAAUAACUCUGAAAUGACUUAACACAGACUCUGAAAAACUGUGAUCUUAAACCAAUCUUCUUAAAAUUCUCUGACAUGAGCUAAAGCAGACUCUGACAGUGAGAGACCCUGAGUAUAUCUGAGGUACAGCAUCUUUUGGGAAUCGUUCUUUACGAAGAUACACCAUCACUUUGUCACCAACUUUAGAUACCUUCUUUCUUCUUUUCUUAUUUACUGCCGCUUUAUAUUUCUCAUAAUUGGUUGUAAGAUUACGUAUCACACCUUCAUGAAGUGUUUUGAUAUGAUCUACCAUAUAAUUUGCAGCAAUACUAGUUCCAACUAGUCUUGGUACUUCUAAUAAAUCUAAUUGAGUUCUCAGAGGAAAAUAAUAUACCACUGAAAAUCGAGAUUGGUUAGUCGAACAAUUAAUCAUCGAGUUAUAUCCAAAGUCUGAUUUUAUAGUAACCUAUUUCUAAGGUUUAUAGUAAAACAUUCUUCAAGUUCAGAAAUUCAAUCAAGAAAUUCUUCUAUUUUCAAAACUUUAAUAAACUAGGCAAAUCAAUUUUAAUUCGAAAAUAUCAGGAACCUCAGAACUUUCAUUGUCAUUGAUGUCGAUACCUUUACCUCCUGACAUCUUGUGAUCAACUUUGAUGUUGUGGAGUUUGUGCUCCAAUGGUUGUCUUUUUGCUCUGAAUCCACAGGCUAAACAGGUCAGUACCCUUGAGUCCAUAAAAGGUAAUUCUAAAUCCAAGAAAUAAAGAACCGGUUCCCUCAGUCUACAGGGGUGCUGUAGUCUACCAUCAGAAGAAAACUCAAAAAAUUGUAUUAAAAAAAAGGUAAUUUGGCUCUCGGGCUCCAAGAUUUGAAUUUCUAAUGAAAUCUAAAUUUGAACUCAAUUUUGUUUGAAUCAAGAAGCAAAAAAAAGAGAUAAAACUUGUUACAUUUACCACUAAAACUUGUUACAUUUUCAAAACACGGUUCAUAUGUUCAUUUUCCAUAGUACAGUAAAUAAGAAUAUCCUCAGACUUGUGCGUCAUUUACCACUAAAAGGUGUUGGAACCUGAUUCAUCACUCUUAUAAAUGCAAUAAGGGUGUUGGAUAAGCCAAAAGCCAUGAUGAACCAUUCAUAAAGGCCUGCCCUAGUUUUUAAGGCAGUUUUACAUUUCUAGCCGUGAAAAAUUGACACUUUAUAUCAACUUCUAUGAAAAAUUUAGAACCACAAAAUAUAUCUAACAUGUCAUCUAGCCGUGAAAUUGGGAAUAUAUACUUCACUGUUAUCUUGUUGAUGGUUUUGUGCAGUCGACAAAUAUCUCCCAAGUAGAGCAUGCGCUCAUACUUUCUUGUGGAGUCAUCCUAUACUGGGAAAAGUGUAGCAUUUCUCAACAACAUGACAUUACAAUUCAUCACAAUAAGUCUUAUCAAUUCAUAACUUGAUUAGACACAUUUCUGAAACUGUAGUUUCUUUUUCAUUCCUGUUCAAACAAAUUUGAUAUAGAUGAGGGUGUGGGUUUGUCUAAAAACUUAAUGAUUAUAUCAAGGAUGAGACUUGGGUUUGUCUAAGCCCACUUAUCCUAAAUUUUGGCCAUAAAGUGAAAACUGCAAGAAAAAGGUGACGAGGUAAAUCUGCUUAUAUUGGUGAUAAUGAUUCACCUGAAAGUUUUUCCUAUCUGAAAAUUAGAUUUUUUGUUCUUUAAGACUAAAUAGAUGAAAAAAUAUGAUGACAUUUGUGAUACAUUGAAAAACCUUUUGACAAGAAUGAGUAUAUUAGAGGAUCAUUCACGUCCUCGUAAAGAUCUGUACGAGGGGAGCAAUCACUGACCACACGUAGGAGAUGAGGCAAAGAACCGUACGAUCAUGGGAGAAAAUGAAGACGCUCUUCAAAUCUCGUUUUCUUCCCUGAGACAAGGGAAUAUAUCAGUUUCUGAUUAUGUAGAAGAAUUUUAUCAUUAAUCAGUUUCCGAGUCAUAUAUGAUUUCAAGAUUUAAAGUUGAUGUUGGAUGGAUAAUUAAAGAUAAAGUAACUUUACAAUCAUAUUUCAAGCUUAAUGACAUCAUAAUGGCUGCAGAGGGUGCAAACCCUUGUUAGAGAAAGGAAAAAUAAAGAAUCGAAAUUUUGUGGGUCAGAAUUCAACUCUGCACCCAGAAAUACGAAGAUCUACUGUUGUUUCAUUUACACCACAUAAUCUCCUUCUGCCCAAGCUGUACUAAGAAGAAUCCUUAUACUCCAAUGUAACAAGAAUGCCCAAGUUCGCUACCGGUGUGAAGAAAGUGGACACAAAUCAAAUAUCUGUCCUAAACGAGGUGACACGGUAAGCAUUGUAGAUUCUAUUGAAGAGGAAAAGAAACAUGAAGAAUCAGAAAUUGAAGGUGAGGUACCAGAAAAUUUUAUUGAAUUUGAUACUGGAGAUGCAGUGUCACAUUCACUUGUAGUUAGGAGAUUGAUGUAUUCACCAAAAAGAAAAAAUGACCCAGAGCGCCAUAAUAUUUUCAGAACAAGGUGCACUGUGAAUUCUAAGGUAUGAGAUAUAAUCAUUGAUAGUGGCAGUAGUGAGAACAUUGUCUCGUUUGUGAUGGUUAAAAAAAUUAGGUUUUCAAACAAGCCGACAACCUCAUCCAUAUCAUCUUGGUUUGAUCAAGAAGGAAAUAGAAACUAAAGUUUCAGAAUCCUGUCUUAUCAAAUUUUUCAUUGGCAAAACCUAUUAUGAUGAAGUACAAUGUGAUCUUGUUGACUUGGAUGCUUCAUAAAUGAUAUUAGGCAGGACAUGGCAAUUUGAUGUUCAUGCUACACACUGAUGAGGAAAAAUAUUUAUAUUUUCUAUAGAAAUUGAAAAAUUAUUUUCGCUCAAAUGCAUGACAGUUUGAUAUUAACCAGAUGGAAUUUCUCAAAAAGUUUGAUAUUAAAACUGAUUCAGAUAUCAAGAUAGCCAACAUGAUACCAAAAUCUGUUUAAAGUCUUUUAUCAGAAUUUUUUGAAUUCAAGAAUCAUCUAGUCAUCUUCCACAAACGCGAGAUGUACAACAUCAUAUUGACUUUAUACAAGGACCUAGUCUGUUUAACUUUCUACAUUAUAGGAUGACUCCACAAGAAAAUCAAAUUCUUCAAGAACACAAGUAUAGGAGUUAUUAUGUAAACGAUUGAUAAGAGAAAGUGUGAGCCGAUAUGUGUUUAUACUAGAGCUAUCAACAAGAUAACAGUUAGGUAUAGAUGGCAAGAUAUGCUUUGUGGUUCGAAUUUUUUUCGAAAGUUCAUUUAGAGAAAAAAUAUCUGACGCAGAAGUAACGCAGAAGAUAAACAAGAUAUGGGCUUCAAUCUUCAAAGCUUAAAUUUUGGGAAAGAAGCCGGCCUCUGAAUCUAUAAAUUCGUAGUCUUAAACCCUGAUUGAACCACAAAGAUAUGUCCCUCUAAAUCGAUUAAUUCAAAACUUGAAUCUACAAGGUAGUGCCUGAAUUCAAAAGCAAGGGAGAGGUCCUCACAGCGGAGAAAACUGAUUGAACUAAAAAGAUAUGUCCAUCUGGUUACUAUGGAGGCUUUAUAUAGGCCUAGAAAGAAGGUUCGACACUCCUCAAAAGGAGGAUUCUGAGAGAUCUUAGGGAUAGAAUCUGAAUAACUCUGAAAUGACUUAACACAGACUCUGAAAAACUGUGAUCUUAAACCAAUCUUCUUAAAAUUCUCUGACAUGAGCUAAAGCAGACUCUGACAGUGAGAGACCCUGAGUAUAUCUGAGGUACAGCAUCUUUUGGGAAUCGUUCUUUACGAAGAUACACCAUCACUUUGUCACCAACUUUAGAUACCUUCUUUCUUCUUUUCUUAUUUACUGCCGCUUUAUAUUUCUCAUAAUUGGUUGUAAGAUUACGUAUCACACCUUCAUGAAGUGUUUUGAUAUGAUCUACCAUAUAAUUUGCAGCAAUACUAGUUCCAACUAGUCUUGGUACUUCUAAUAAAUCUAAUUGAGUUCUCAGAGGAAAAUAAUAUACCACUGAAAAUCGAGAUUGGUUAGUCGAACAAUUAAUCAUCGAGUUAUAUCCAAAGUCUGAUUUUAUAGUAACCUAUUUCUAAGGUUUAUAGUAAAACAUUCUUCAAGUUCAGAAAUUCAAUCAAGAAAUUCUUCUAUUUUCAAAACUUUAAUAAACUAGGCAAAUCAAUUUUAAUUCGAAAAUAUCAGGAACCUCAGAACUUUCAUUGUCAUUGAUGUCGAUACCUUUACCUCCUGACAUCUUGUGAUCAACUUUGAUGUUGUGGAGUUUGUGCUCCAAUGGUUGUCUUUUUGCUCUGAAUCCACAGGCUAAACAGGUCAGUACCCUUGAGUCCAUAAAAGGUAAUUCUAAAUCCAAGAAAUAAAGAACCGGUUCCCUCAGUCUACAGGGGUGCUGUAGUCUACCAUCAGAAGAAAACUCAAAAAAUUGUAUUAAAAAAAAGGUAAUUUGGCUCUCGGGCUCCAAGAUUUGAAUUUCUAAUGAAAUCUAAAUUUGAACUCAAUUUUGUUUGAAUCAAGAAGCAAAAAAAAGAGAUAAAACUUGUUACAUUUACCACUAAAACUUGUUACAUUUUCAAAACACGGUUCAUAUGUUCAUUUUCCAUAGUACAGUAAAUAAGAAUAUCCUCAGACUUGUGCGUCAUUUACCACUAAAAGGUGUUGGAACCUGAUUCAUCACUCUUAUAAAUGCAAUAAGGGUGUUGGAUAAGCCAAAAGCCAUGAUGAACCAUUCAUAAAGGCCUGCCCUAGUUUUUAAGGCAGUUUUACAUUUCUAGCCGUGAAAAAUUGACACUUUAUAUCAACUUCUAUGAAAAAUUUAGAACCACAAAAUAUAUCUAACAUGUCAUCUAGCCGUGAAAUUGGGAAUAUAUACUUCACUGUUAUCUUGUUGAUGGUUUUGUGCAGUCGACAAAUAUCUCCCAAGUAGAGCAUGCGCUCAUACUUUCUUGUGGAGUCAUCCUAUACUGGGAAAAGUGUAGCAUUUCUCAACAACAUGACAUUACAAUUCAUCACAAUAAGUCUUAUCAAUUCAUAACUUGAUUAGACACAUUUCUGAAACUGUAGUUUCUUUUUCAUUCCUGUUCAAACAAAUUUGAUAUAGAUGAGGGUGUGGGUUUGUCUAAAAACUUAAUGAUUAUAUCAAGGAUGAGACUUGGGUUUGUCUAAGCCCACUUAUCCUAAAUUUUGGCCAUAAAGUGAAAACUGCAAGAAAAAGGUGACGAGGUAAAUCUGCUUAUAUUGGUGAUAAUGAUUCACCUGAAAGUUUUUCCUAUCUGAAAAUUAGAUUUUUUGUUCUUUAAGACUAAAUAGAUGAAAAAAUAUGAUGACAUUUGUGAUACAUUGAAAAACCUUUUGACAAGAAUGAGUAUAUUAGAGGAUCAUUCACGUCCUCGUAAAGAUCUGUACGAGGGGAGCAAUCACUGACCACACGUAGGAGAUGAGGCAAAGAACCGUACGAUCAUGGGAGAAAAUGAAGACGCUCUUCAAAUCUCGUUUUCUUCCCUGAGACAAGGGAAUAUAUCAGUUUCUGAUUAUGUAGAAGAAUUUUAUCAUUAAUCAGUUUCCGAGUCAUAUAUGAUUUCAAGAUUUAAAGUUGAUGUUGGAUGGAUAAUUAAAGAUAAAGUAACUUUACAAUCAUAUUUCAAGCUUAAUGACAUCAUAAUGGCUGCAGAGGGUGCAAACCCUUGUUAGAGAAAGGAAAAAUAAAGAAUCGAAAUUUUGUGGGUCAGAAUUCAACUCUGCACCCAGAAAUACGAAGAUCUACUGUUGUUUCAUUUACACCACAUAAUCUCCUUCUGCCCAAGCUGUACUAAGAAGAAUCCUUAUACUCCAAUGUAACAAGAAUGCCCAAGUUUGCUACCGGUGUGAAGAAAGUGGACACAAAUCAAAUAUCUGUCCUAAACGAGGUGACACGGUAAGCAUUGUAGAUUCUAUUGAAGAGGAAAAGAAACAUGAAGAAUCAGAAAUUGAAGGUGAGGUACCAGAAAAUUUUAUUGAAUUUGAUACUGGAGAUGCAGUGUCACAUUCACUUGUAGUUAGGAGAUUGAUGUAUUCACCAAAAAGAAAAAAUGACCCAGAGCGCCAUAAUAUUUUCAGAACAAGGUGCACUGUGAAUUCUAAGGUAUGAGAUAUAAUCAUUGAUAGUGGCAGUAGUGAGAACAUUGUCUCGUUUGUGAUGGUUAAAAAAAUUAGGUUUUCAAACAAGCCGACAACCUCAUCCAUAUCAUCUUGGUUUGAUCAAGAAGGAAAUAGAAACUAAAGUUUCAGAAUCCUGUCUUAUCAAAUUUUUCAUUGGCAAAACCUAUUAUGAUGAAGUACAAUGUGAUCUUGUUGACUUGGAUGCUUCAUAAAUGAUAUUAGGCAGGACAUGGCAAUUUGAUGUUCAUGCUACACACUGAUGAGGAAAAAUAUUUAUAUUUUCUAUAGAAAUUGAAAAAUUAUUUUCGCUCAAAUGCAUGACAGUUUGAUAUUAACCAGAUGGAAUUUCUCAAAAAGUUUGAUAUUAAAACUGAUUCAGAUAUCAAGAUAGCCAACAUGAUACCAAAAUCUGUUUAAAGUCUUUUAUCAGAAUUUUUUGAAUUCAAGAAUCAUCUAGUCAUCUUCCACAAACGCGAGAUGUACAACAUCAUAUUGACUUUAUACAAGGACCUAGUCUGUUUAACUUUCUACAUUAUAGGAUGACUCCACAAGAAAAUCAAAUUCUUCAAGAACACAAGUAUAGGAGUUAUUAUGUAAACGAUUGAUAAGAGAAAGUGUGAGCCGAUAUGUGUUUAUACUAGAGCUAUCAACAAGAUAACAGUUAGGUAUAGAUGGCAAGAUAUGCUUUGUGGUUCGAAUUUUUUUCGAAAGUUCAUUUAGAGAAAAAAUAUCUGACGCAGAAGUAACGCAGAAGAUAAACAAGAUAUGGGCUUCAAUCUUCAAAGCUUAAAUUUUGGGAAAGAAGCCGGCCUCUGAAUCUAUAAAUUCGUAGUCUUAAACCCUGAUUGAACCACAAAGAUAUGUCCCUCUAAAUCGAUUAAUUCAAAACUUGAAUCUACAAGGUAGUGCCUGAAUUCAAAAGCAAGGGAGAGGUCCUCACAGCGGAGAAAACUGAUUGAACUAAAAAGAUAUGUCCAUCUGGUUACUAUGGAGGCUUUAUAUAGGCCUAGAAAGAAGGUUCGACACUCCUCAAAAGGAGGAUUCUGAGAGAUCUUAGGGAUAGAAUCUGAAUAACUCUGAAAUGACUUAACACAGACUCUGAAAAACUGUGAUCUUAAACCAAUCUUCUUAAAAUUCUCUGACAUGAGCUAAAGCAGACUCUGACAGUGAGAGACCCUGAGUAUAUCUGAGGUACAGCAUCUUUUGGGAAUCGUUCUUUACGAAGAUACACCAUCACUUUGUCACCAACUUUAGAUACCUUCUUUCUUCUUUUCUUAUUUACUGCCGCUUUAUAUUUCUCAUAAUUGGUUGUAAGAUUACGUAUCACACCUUCAUGAAGUGUUUUGAUAUGAUCUACCAUAUAAUUUGCAGCAAUACUAGUUCCAACUAGUCUUGGUACUUCUAAUAAAUCUAAUUGAGUUCUCAGAGGAAAAUAAUAUACCACUGAAAAUCGAGAUUGGUUAGUCGAACAAUUAAUCAUCGAGUUAUAUCCAAAGUCUGAUUUUAUAGUAACCUAUUUCUAAGGUUUAUAGUAAAACAUUCUUCAAGUUCAGAAAUUCAAUCAAGAAAUUCUUCUAUUUUCAAAACUUUAAUAAACUAGGCAAAUCAAUUUUAAUUCGAAAAUAUCAGGAACCUCAGAACUUUCAUUGUCAUUGAUGUCGAUACCUUUACCUCCUGACAUCUUGUGAUCAACUUUGAUGUUGUGGAGUUUGUGCUCCAAUGGUUGUCUUUUUGCUCUGAAUCCACAGGCUAAACAGGUCAGUACCCUUGAGUCCAUAAAAGGUAAUUCUAAAUCCAAGAAAUAAAGAACCGGUUCCCUCAGUCUACAGGGGUGCUGUAGUCUACCAUCAGAAGAAAACUCAAAAAAUUGUAUUAAAAAAAAGGUAAUUUGGCUCUCGGGCUCCAAGAUUUGAAUUUCUAAUGAAAUCUAAAUUUGAACUCAAUUUUGUUUGAAUCAAGAAGCAAAAAAAAGAGAUAAAACUUGUUACAUUUACCACUAAAACUUGUUACAUUUUCAAAACACGGUUCAUAUGUUCAUUUUCCAUAGUACAGUAAAUAAGAAUAUCCUCAGACUUGUGCGUCAUUUACCACUAAAAGGUGUUGGAACCUGAUUCAUCACUCUUAUAAAUGCAAUAAGGGUGUUGGAUAAGCCAAAAGCCAUGAUGAACCAUUCAUAAAGGCCUGCCCUAGUUUUUAAGGCAGUUUUACAUUUCUAGCCGUGAAAAAUUGACACUUUAUAUCAACUUCUAUGAAAAAUUUAGAACCACAAAAUAUAUCUAACAUGUCAUCUAGCCGUGAAAUUGGGAAUAUAUACUUCACUGUUAUCUUGUUGAUGGUUUUGUGCAGUCGACAAAUAUCUCCCAAGUAGAGCAUGCGCUCAUACUUUCUUGUGGAGUCAUCCUAUACUGGGAAAAGUGUAGCAUUUCUCAACAACAUGACAUUACAAUUCAUCACAAUAAGUCUUAUCAAUUCAUAACUUGAUUAGACACAUUUCUGAAACUGUAGUUUCUUUUUCAUUCCUGUUCAAACAAAUUUGAUAUAGAUGAGGGUGUGGGUUUGUCUAAAAACUUAAUGAUUAUAUCAAGGAUGAGACUUGGGUUUGUCUAAGCCCACUUAUCCUAAAUUUUGGCCAUAAAGUGAAAACUGCAAGAAAAAGGUGACGAGGUAAAUCUGCUUAUAUUGGUGAUAAUGAUUCACCUGAAAGUUUUUCCUAUCUGAAAAUUAGAUUUUUUGUUCUUUAAGACUAAAUAGAUGAAAAAAUAUGAUGACAUUUGUGAUACAUUGAAAAACCUUUUGACAAGAAUGAGUAUAUUAGAGGAUCAUUCACGUCCUCGUAAAGAUCUGUACGAGGGGAGCAAUCACUGACCACACGUAGGAGAUGAGGCAAAGAACCGUACGAUCAUGGGAGAAAAUGAAGACGCUCUUCAAAUCUCGUUUUCUUCCCUGAGACAAGGGAAUAUAUCAGUUUCUGAUUAUGUAGAAGAAUUUUAUCAUUAAUCAGUUUCCGAGUCAUAUAUGAUUUCAAGAUUUAAAGUUGAUGUUGGAUGGAUAAUUAAAGAUAAAGUAACUUUACAAUCAUAUUUCAAGCUUAAUGACAUCAUAAUGGCUGCAGAGGGUGCAAACCCUUGUUAGAGAAAGGAAAAAUAAAGAAUCGAAAUUUUGUGGGUCAGAAUUCAACUCUGCACCCAGAAAUACGAAGAUCUACUGUUGUUUCAUUUACACCACAUAAUCUCCUUCUGCCCAAGCUGUACUAAGAAGAAUCCUUAUACUCCAAUGUAACAAGAAUGCCCAAGUUCGCUACCGGUGUGAAGAAAGUGGACACAAAUCAAAUAUCUGUCCUAAACGAGGUGACACGGUAAGCAUUGUAGAUUCUAUUGAAGAGGAAAAGAAACAUGAAGAAUCAGAAAUUGAAGGUGAGGUACCAGAAAAUUUUAUUGAAUUUGAUACUGGAGAUGCAGUGUCACAUUCACUUGUAGUUAGGAGAUUGAUGUAUUCACCAAAAAGAAAAAAUGACCCAGAGCGCCAUAAUAUUUUCAGAACAAGGUGCACUGUGAAUUCUAAGGUAUGAGAUAUAAUCAUUGAUAGUGGCAGUAGUGAGAACAUUGUCUCGUUUGUGAUGGUUAAAAAAAUUAGGUUUUCAAACAAGCCGACAACCUCAUCCAUAUCAUCUUGGUUUGAUCAAGAAGGAAAUAGAAACUAAAGUUUCAGAAUCCUGUCUUAUCAAAUUUUUCAUUGGCAAAACCUAUUAUGAUGAAGUACAAUGUGAUCUUGUUGACUUGGAUGCUUCAUAAAUGAUAUUAGGCAGGACAUGGCAAUUUGAUGUUCAUGCUACACACUGAUGAGGAAAAAUAUUUAUAUUUUCUAUAGAAAUUGAAAAAUUAUUUUCGCUCAAAUGCAUGACAGUUUGAUAUUAACCAGAUGGAAUUUCUCAAAAAGUUUGAUAUUAAAACUGAUUCAGAUAUCAAGAUAGCCAACAUGAUACCAAAAUCUGUUUAAAGUCUUUUAUCAGAAUUUUUUGAAUUCAAGAAUCAUCUAGUCAUCUUCCACAAACGCGAGAUGUACAACAUCAUAUUGACUUUAUACAAGGACCUAGUCUGUUUAACUUUCUACAUUAUAGGAUGACUCCACAAGAAAAUCAAAUUCUUCAAGAACACAAGUAUAGGAGUUAUUAUGUAAACGAUUGAUAAGAGAAAGUGUGAGCCGAUAUGUGUUUAUACUAGAGCUAUCAACAAGAUAACAGUUAGGUAUAGAUGGCAAGAUAUGCUUUGUGGUUCGAAUUUUUUUCGAAAGUUCAUUUAGAGAAAAAAUAUCUGACGCAGAAGUAACGCAGAAGAUAAACAAGAUAUGGGCUUCAAUCUUCAAAGCUUAAAUUUUGGGAAAGAAGCCGGCCUCUGAAUCUAUAAAUUCGUAGUCUUAAACCCUGAUUGAACCACAAAGAUAUGUCCCUCUAAAUCGAUUAAUUCAAAACUUGAAUCUACAAGGUAGUGCCUGAAUUCAAAAGCAAGGGAGAGGUCCUCACAGCGGAGAAAACUGAUUGAACUAAAAAGAUAUGUCCAUCUGGUUACUAUGGAGGCUUUAUAUAGGCCUAGAAAGAAGGUUCGACACUCCUCAAAAGGAGGAUUCUGAGAGAUCUUAGGGAUAGAAUCUGAAUAACUCUGAAAUGACUUAACACAGACUCUGAAAAACUGUGAUCUUAAACCAAUCUUCUUAAAAUUCUCUGACAUGAGCUAAAGCAGACUCUGACAGUGAGAGACCCUGAGUAUAUCUGAGGUACAGCAUCUUUUGGGAAUCGUUCUUUACGAAGAUACACCAUCACUUUGUCACCAACUUUAGAUACCUUCUUUCUUCUUUUCUUAUUUACUGCCGCUUUAUAUUUCUCAUAAUUGGUUGUAAGAUUACGUAUCACACCUUCAUGAAGUGUUUUGAUAUGAUCUACCAUAUAAUUUGCAGCAAUACUAGUUCCAACUAGUCUUGGUACUUCUAAUAAAUCUAAUUGAGUUCUCAGAGGAAAAUAAUAUACCACUGAAAAUCGAGAUUGGUUAGUCGAACAAUUAAUCAUCGAGUUAUAUCCAAAGUCUGAUUUUAUAGUAACCUAUUUCUAAGGUUUAUAGUAAAACAUUCUUCAAGUUCAGAAAUUCAAUCAAGAAAUUCUUCUAUUUUCAAAACUUUAAUAAACUAGGCAAAUCAAUUUUAAUUCGAAAAUAUCAGGAACCUCAGAACUUUCAUUGUCAUUGAUGUCGAUACCUUUACCUCCUGACAUCUUGUGAUCAACUUUGAUGUUGUGGAGUUUGUGCUCCAAUGGUUGUCUUUUUGCUCUGAAUCCACAGGCUAAACAGGUCAGUACCCUUGAGUCCAUAAAAGGUAAUUCUAAAUCCAAGAAAUAAAGAACCGGUUCCCUCAGUCUACAGGGGUGCUGUAGUCUACCAUCAGAAGAAAACUCAAAAAAUUGUAUUAAAAAAAAGGUAAUUUGGCUCUCGGGCUCCAAGAUUUGAAUUUCUAAUGAAAUCUAAAUUUGAACUCAAUUUUGUUUGAAUCAAGAAGCAAAAAAAAGAGAUAAAACUUGUUACAUUUACCACUAAAACUUGUUACAUUUUCAAAACACGGUUCAUAUGUUCAUUUUCCAUAGUACAGUAAAUAAGAAUAUCCUCAGACUUGUGCGUCAUUUACCACUAAAAGGUGUUGGAACCUGAUUCAUCACUCUUAUAAAUGCAAUAAGGGUGUUGGAUAAGCCAAAAGCCAUGAUGAACCAUUCAUAAAGGCCUGCCCUAGUUUUUAAGGCAGUUUUACAUUUCUAGCCGUGAAAAAUUGACACUUUAUAUCAACUUCUAUGAAAAAUUUAGAACCACAAAAUAUAUCUAACAUGUCAUCUAGCCGUGAAAUUGGGAAUAUAUACUUCACUGUUAUCUUGUUGAUGGUUUUGUGCAGUCGACAAAUAUCUCCCAAGUAGAGCAUGCGCUCAUACUUUCUUGUGGAGUCAUCCUAUACUGGGAAAAGUGUAGCAUUUCUCAACAACAUGACAUUACAAUUCAUCACAAUAAGUCUUAUCAAUUCAUAACUUGAUUAGACACAUUUCUGAAACUGUAGUUUCUUUUUCAUUCCUGUUCAAACAAAUUUGAUAUAGAUGAGGGUGUGGGUUUGUCUAAAAACUUAAUGAUUAUAUCAAGGAUGAGACUUGGGUUUGUCUAAGCCCACUUAUCCUAAAUUUUGGCCAUAAAGUGAAAACUGCAAGAAAAAGGUGACGAGGUAAAUCUGCUUAUAUUGGUGAUAAUGAUUCACCUGAAAGUUUUUCCUAUCUGAAAAUUAGAUUUUUUGUUCUUUAAGACUAAAUAGAUGAAAAAAUAUGAUGACAUUUGUGAUACAUUGAAAAACCUUUUGACAAGAAUGAGUAUAUUAGAGGAUCAUUCACGUCCUCGUAAAGAUCUGUACGAGGGGAGCAAUCACUGACCACACGUAGGAGAUGAGGCAAAGAACCGUACGAUCAUGGGAGAAAAUGAAGACGCUCUUCAAAUCUCGUUUUCUUCCCUGAGACAAGGGAAUAUAUCAGUUUCUGAUUAUGUAGAAGAAUUUUAUCAUUAAUCAGUUUCCGAGUCAUAUAUGAUUUCAAGAUUUAAAGUUGAUGUUGGAUGGAUAAUUAAAGAUAAAGUAACUUUACAAUCAUAUUUCAAGCUUAAUGACAUCAUAAUGGCUGCAGAGGGUGCAAACCCUUGUUAGAGAAAGGAAAAAUAAAGAAUCGAAAUUUUGUGGGUCAGAAUUCAACUCUGCACCCAGAAAUACGAAGAUCUACUGUUGUUUCAUUUACACCACAUAAUCUCCUUCUGCCCAAGCUGUACUAAGAAGAAUCCUUAUACUCCAAUGUAACAAGAAUGCCCAAGUUCGCUACCGGUGUGAAGAAAGUGGACACAAAUCAAAUAUCUGUCCUAAACGAGGUGACACGGUAAGCAUUGUAGAUUCUAUUGAAGAGGAAAAGAAACAUGAAGAAUCAGAAAUUGAAGGUGAGGUACCAGAAAAUUUUAUUGAAUUUGAUACUGGAGAUGCAGUGUCACAUUCACUUGUAGUUAGGAGAUUGAUGUAUUCACCAAAAAGAAAAAAUGACCCAGAGCGCCAUAAUAUUUUCAGAACAAGGUGCACUGUGAAUUCUAAGGUAUGAGAUAUAAUCAUUGAUAGUGGCAGUAGUGAGAACAUUGUCUCGUUUGUGAUGGUUAAAAAAAUUAGGUUUUCAAACAAGCCGACAACCUCAUCCAUAUCAUCUUGGUUUGAUCAAGAAGGAAAUAGAAACUAAAGUUUCAGAAUCCUGUCUUAUCAAAUUUUUCAUUGGCAAAACCUAUUAUGAUGAAGUACAAUGUGAUCUUGUUGACUUGGAUGCUUCAUAAAUGAUAUUAGGCAGGACAUGGCAAUUUGAUGUUCAUGCUACACACUGAUGAGGAAAAAUAUUUAUAUUUUCUAUAGAAAUUGAAAAAUUAUUUUCGCUCAAAUGCAUGACAGUUUGAUAUUAACCAGAUGGAAUUUCUCAAAAAGUUUGAUAUUAAAACUGAUUCAGAUAUCAAGAUAGCCAACAUGAUACCAAAAUCUGUUUAAAGUCUUUUAUCAGAAUUUUUUGAAUUCAAGAAUCAUCUAGUCAUCUUCCACAAACGCGAGAUGUACAACAUCAUAUUGACUUUAUACAAGGACCUAGUCUGUUUAACUUUCUACAUUAUAGGAUGACUCCACAAGAAAAUCAAAUUCUUCAAGAACACAAGUAUAGGAGUUAUUAUGUAAACGAUUGAUAAGAGAAAGUGUGAGCCGAUAUGUGUUUAUACUAGAGCUAUCAACAAGAUAACAGUUAGGUAUAGAUGGCAAGAUAUGCUUUGUGGUUCGAAUUUUUUUCGAAAGUUCAUUUAGAGAAAAAAUAUCUGACGCAGAAGUAACGCAGAAGAUAAACAAGAUAUGGGCUUCAAUCUUCAAAGCUUAAAUUUUGGGAAAGAAGCCGGCCUCUGAAUCUAUAAAUUCGUAGUCUUAAACCCUGAUUGAACCACAAAGAUAUGUCCCUCUAAAUCGAUUAAUUCAAAACUUGAAUCUACAAGGUAGUGCCUGAAUUCAAAAGCAAGGGAGAGGUCCUCACAGCGGAGAAAACUGAUUGAACUAAAAAGAUAUGUCCAUCUGGUUACUAUGGAGGCUUUAUAUAGGCCUAGAAAGAAGGUUCGACACUCCUCAAAAGGAGGAUUCUGAGAGAUCUUAGGGAUAGAAUCUGAAUAACUCUGAAAUGACUUAACACAGACUCUGAAAAACUGUGAUCUUAAACCAAUCUUCUUAAAAUUCUCUGACAUGAGCUAAAGCAGACUCUGACAGUGAGAGACCCUGAGUAUAUCUGAGGUACAGCAUCUUUUGGGAAUCGUUCUUUACGAAGAUACACCAUCACUUUGUCACCAACUUUAGAUACCUUCUUUCUUCUUUUCUUAUUUACUGCCGCUUUAUAUUUCUCAUAAUUGGUUGUAAGAUUACGUAUCACACCUUCAUGAAGUGUUUUGAUAUGAUCUACCAUAUAAUUUGCAGCAAUACUAGUUCCAACUAGUCUUGGUACUUCUAAUAAAUCUAAUUGAGUUCUCAGAGGAAAAUAAUAUACCACUGAAAAUCGAGAUUGGUUAGUCGAACAAUUAAUCAUCGAGUUAUAUCCAAAGUCUUAUUUUUACGAAAGCAUAAUCAAACUCUUUUGGCUUUUCUCCUGAAAUACAACGAAUAAAGUUACCCAGAGUUCUAUUCACAGCUUUAGUUUGACCAUCCGUUUGUGGGUGAUUAGCUUUUUCUAAAAAAGUGAUUAGCUACCUCACUUUUUUUAUUUUUCUAAAGAAAUUCUAUGUAGACGAACAAUAAAAGAUAUCUAUGUAGCAUGCAUUAUUUUGAUAGAAGUCUGACUAUUUACUAACUUAAGAGCCGGAAGAUUAGUAUAUAACAUAAUUUUUUGUUGAAUCAAAUAGUGUUCCCUUGUUUGUAAAGCAUGGACCACUGCAGAAAGAUCUAGUUCAUACGUUGUGCAUUUUUUUCUUACCUGGAAAAGUUUUUUAGCAAAAAAUCCUUUUGGCCGACCUUCUUGCGAUAGUACCCCUCCAAUCGAAACUAUGGAUACAUCGCAUUCUACUUCAAACAGUUUAUCAAAAUUUGACAAGGCUAAAACAAGAGCAGAACAUAAUUUCUCUUUAAAAAUAAUAAAACCUUUACUAGCUUCAUCAGUCCAUUUAACCUGACUUUUUUUCAUACAAGCGGUAUGAGGAGACAUUAUUGAGCGAAUGUUUUUAAUGAAUCUUCGAAAAACUGAUGCCAACUCAUGAAAACUUCUAACCUUAGGAAUUGUAGUUGGUGUUGACCAAUCUAUGAUAGCUCUGACUUUUUCUUCAUCUACUUCGGUACCAUCUGCACUUACCACAUCCUAAAAAUAGCAAACUAAUCACAAUUCUUGAGGUUAAUAUAUAUGUACUUAGACCCAUUUGCACUUACCUAAGACUUGAUGAAGUCUCACUUCUUCAUCUUCUGUAGUACUGUAAAUAAGAAUGUCAUCAAAAUAAAUGACAACAAAUUUACUAAUAAAAGAUUUUAGAUAUUGAUUCAUCACUCUCAUAAAGGUACUUAGGGAGUUUUAUAAGCCGAAAGACAUGGCCAACCAUUCAUAAAGACCUGCCUUAGUUUUAAAGGCACUCUUCUAUUCAUCUCCUGACCGAAUUCGGAUUUGAAGAUAUGCGCUCUUUAAAUCGACUUUCGAAAAAAAAUUAGAACCACAAAUGCAUAGCUAACAUGUCAUUUAGGCGUGGAAUUACGAAUGUAUAGUUAAACUGUUAUCUUGUUGAUAGCUCUACUUGUGGAUUCAAGGGUUUAGGACACCGAAUCUUUGGAUUCAGAGGCAGAUUUCUUCUCCAAGAUUGGUGCUUUGAGGAUUCAAGCCCAUCUCUUGUUUCUCUUCUGA